GUGUCUGUGGGCGUGUUGUCAUCUCUGCCCUUUAACCCAGUCAGUCAGACUCUCUCUCUCUAGUCAGGAUACACAACCAGACCGGUGAAGAUGUCUCGGGCUGCGGAGAGACUCAGACUGCUCAUCAAUCAUCUCGAUCGACCUCCUGCAGUGAUCGGGGCUGCACCAACUUCUUCUGCUCAAACUUUCACCUACAGUCACCCACAGAGACUGAGAUACAGUUGUGAUACCGACCUGCUGACCCCAGAGCAGCGACUCUUCUAUGAGGAAAAUGGCUUCAUCCUCAUCAAGAAUCUGGUGUCUGAAGAGGACAUCGACAAGUUCAGGAAGGAGUUUGAACGGAUCUGUCGACAGGAACUGAAGGUUCCUGGUAUGACGGUGAUGAGGGACGUGGCGAUCGCUAAGUCGGAGUUCGUCCCCGAUCAAAAAGCCGUCACCAAACUCCAGAAUUUCCAGGAAGAUCCUGAACUGUUCGAGUACUGCGCCUUACCACAGAUCCUGAAUUAUGUAGAAUGUUUCACUGGACCCAACAUCAUGGCCAUGCACACAAUGCUGAUCAACAAACCUCCUGAUGCAGGUAAGAAGACGUCCCGUCACCCGAUGCAUCAGGAUCUGCAUUACUUCCCGUUCCGCCCAGCGGACAAGAUCGUCUGCGCUUGGACGGCGAUGGAGAAAGUGGACCGGCAGAACGGCUGCCUUGUCGUCCUGCCGGGAACGCACACCGGCACGCUGCAGGAGCACGACUACCCAGAGUGGGAGGGUGGCGUAAACAAGAUGUACCACGGAGUACGUGGAUACAAUCCGAAGCUCCCCAGGGUGCACCUGGAGAUGGAGAAGGGCGACACCGUCUUCUUCCACCCGCUGCUGAUCCAUGGCUCUGGCAUGAACUCGACACAGGGCUUCCGCAAGGCCAUCUCCUGCCACUAUGCCAGCGCUGACUGUUAUUACAUUGAUGUGAAGGGAACCACACAGGAAAACAUAGAGAAAGAGGUGACGGACAUCGCAAACAGGAAGUACGGCGUCUCCAUCAAUUUUAAGGACGCCUGGGCUUUCCGAGGCCGCCUGGUGCAAGGAGAGAGGACUUCACUGUAAAAGCCACCACAGGCGCGCUACGAAACAAAACGCCACAUCGUUGCAGGGUGAUAAAGAAAAACAGAUCUUGUUGUCUAAUCUUUCUAAUCAUGUAUUCCCUAAUUUCCUUUAAAUAUGGAGGGUUUUUUAGAUUACUUUCUGUUUAUUUAAUUGAGGCUUUGAGUUUGUGCUCAUUUUAACACAUAACACUGUAACGUGUUCUAACAGAAAACAUAAGGUACUGUUUAAAUAGAAAACGUCAGUAACCUCGCGAGUAAACGCUCCACAGUCAUACAGAUUAAAGCUCAUGAGUACACCAGCUGCUACUUUGCUUUACAGUACUUAUAACAAAAUGCUGUUUAAUUUACCAAAACCAUAAUAGAAAGGGAUGUUUAAUGAUGAUUUAUGGCAUGUUGAUUAAGAAAAGUAAGCAUUAUGGGUGAUAGAGAAGUAAAGCGAGGUUGAGCGAGAGAGAUAAAGUAGAGUGAGAGAGAAUAAUGAAAGAGCAGAAUUGUGUGAAUAAUCGGUGUUGAUUGUAGCUCUUGUUGUUAAUCAACACUAACAGAGGCCUUGACCUAAAUACUGCCUUAUAAAUGUAUCAACGUGUUAAUGUUAUUGCGUCAGUUUAAUGAUGAAUGAAUGUUUGUUUUCUAGAAUCUCGCUGUGACAAAUGUAAUGUUUUAAUAACAUUAAUAAUAAAAAAUAUCGUCUAUAUUAA